AUUGUAGCUUGUUUGAAUUGAAGCAUGUGGGAGUGCAGAAGCAGGAGCCAUGAACAAGUCAGCGACAGGCCUCUCUGCACUACGCGAAGAGAAGUUUAGGUUCACGGUCGAGACUCAGGGGCUGCACUAUAGCGCUCAACCAAAGGUUGAAGCCAGCGAGGAGGACGAUACGGUGUGGAGCGACGACGACGAGCACGGCAGCGCUUCGGCACGCAGGCGGAGGCACCAACGGGCCCAGCAGAGCCCUCCCCAGGCGCAGCGCAUUGCGGCCGAGCUAUCUCGGCUGUUUCAGGAGGGCGGGUCAUCUGGCGGCCUGACGGAUGCCGCCUUGGAGCGAGCGUUGGCGGGGGCCGUGCCCAAGGACACCGCCGUGGCAGGGCUGGACGUAGCCAAAGACUACAUCAAGCAGAUUCUUGGGGAGCUAUACGGCGAUAGCGGCGUCAACAGCGCCGGUGGUCCCAAUGCUGCAGCCAGCAAGGACACGUCUGCCGUCGCCAAGCCAGCAGCAGCCGGCAGCAGCGCCUCCUGGCUGGGCGCAGCCGCCCCUGCACAGCCUGCUACCCGACCAUCAGCAGCACCAGCUGGGUCCGGUGGGGGCUUCAGCUGGCCGCCACAGCCGUGGCCGCAGUCCUCCAGCACCACGCCUCCUUCCCAGGCAGUGGCGGGCCUGGGCACCGGCGCCGGCAGGACAACGGCGCUCGACCAUGACGAGGAGCGGCCCCGACCUCGGCCCCAGUCGCAGCCCCACUACGGCAGGAUUAAGGAGCAGCUGGACCUCCUGCAGAACGCAGACCAGCUCGCAGCCAUCAUAUCUGUGGCCACCACGGCCGCAACCACGGCCGCGGCGGCGGCAGUCAAGCACUCCAUGCAGACACCGCCGCCGCUGCCGCCGGGGGCGUAUGCACGCAUGCAGCCUGGGCUGUUGAUUGGGGCGGGGGCGCCGCGGGAUACAGGUGACGAUCAAGGGGAUGAAGGGGACAGCCCAGACCCUCAGCCGCAGCAGCGGCGGGGCGCCCUCGUGGCGCCGCACCGCCGCUCCACACCUGUUAUCAUGCGCGGCGGGGUGAAGGGCGCAGCGGCGGGCGCCCGGCACGGAGAGGAGGGGGAGGAUGUGGACGAGGCUGCGGGGGAUGCUGAACAGGCCGCAGCAGAGCGCGACGGCGCGGCGGCUGGUGGCGACGGCCCUGCGCGUCCGCGUAACCCGCACCAGCAGCCAUGGAUCGAUAAACUUGCGACGCCCUUCAACCAGGGGGCGGCAGCAGGGCCGGGGGCGUGCGGCCCUGGCGGCAGUGCCAUGCGGGUUGUGCACCUGGGUGCGCCGCGUGUGACUGCGAGGACGCCGCCGCCGGGUGCUGCAGCCCCGCCCGCCUGGCGGCAGCAGCAGGAGCAGCAGCCCGCAAAUGCUGCUGGUGCAGGCCAGCAGCCACAUCCAGAUGCCCAGGGGGCUCAGGCCGGUACACGUGGCGUCGUGCCUGUGCCCUUUCCCGGCCUGGACGGCGUGGGCGGCACAGCCAACGGCUCCUUCCAAGCUGCUGGCAGCCAGCAGGCGCAGCAGCGUCAGCAGCAGCAUGAGCUGCAGCCUGAGGCCACCUUCAUGCUGCGGCCGGCAGCUCACAGUGACGGAGGCGCCGCGUCCAACGCGCAGCUGUCCUCCGGCCAAAACGCCCUGCAGCAGCAAUGGCUUGGUGGCGCACAGCGCUUGGCGGCGGGCCAGGUGCCAGAGGAGGGCGUGUUCGUGCCCAGUGGCCCAUCCCUGUUUGCGCAAGCGAAUAGUGGUAGCGCAGCCGCUGGCGGCGGCAGUGGUGGCGGGUUUGCGGGCUUUGGAGCGCUGGGUCCCGGGGGCCAGGCGCAGCAGCAGCAGCAACAGCCGCCGAGGCCUCGCCGCAGCGAGCUGCCAGAUGAUGUGAAGGACGUCUUCCGCAACACGCUGGCAUUCAUUUCGGACCCAGAUGGGGCGCGCGCGGCGCAGCAGCCCCCGCCGCCAGCGUGGGCAGCCAUGGCCGACGUGGAGGAGCGGCGCGAGGCGCAGAGGGAGGCGGAUGAGCUCUUGGGCGGGGCCUUUGACUACGCGGCAGCCCGGAAGGAGCUGGAGCGAGCCAAGCGCUCCUCUCGACUCAUGCAACAGCCUGGCGCCGCCGCCGCGCCUGCAGCGGCUGUGGCAGGUGCCUUGCCAUCCGUCACUGCCGCAGGCGCAGGGCCACGGGGUGUAGGCGCGUCGGCAGGCGGGGCGGUGCGGGGCGCAGGUCGGUCAGAGCGGGGCCGAAGCGCGGCUGGAGCCGCACUGGGCAUGGAGGCGGCCGCGCCGGUGGCGCCAGCGGUGCCUGCGCCGCGGCGCGGUGACUUCGCGGGCGUGUUGCCGCCGCCGCACUCGGUGUGGGACGUGGAUGAGGCCUGGUUCGACCUGGACGAGUUUAGCAAGGCGGUGGAGGCUGAGGUGUCUUACCGCGCAGCGGCGGCGCCCGGUGCGGCGUCCCGCCGCGGCUCGCCUGGUCCCAAGUCCCUGGCUGGGCCAUUGCUGGGCGGCCGAGCCCUGCGGGCGGGCGGCGUGGGAGUGGGUGCGGGUGCGGGCGGCGGCCUGGCUGCGCUGGAGGCGCUGAAGGCACAGAUGCAGGAGCGCCGAGCUGCCGCCGCCACCGGGGCGGGCACAGCUGGCACAGGGGACGCAGCGCCAGCAGCGCCGGCCCCCCGCAAGCGCUCCGCCAGCCCACCUGGCCCAACCGUGCCGACCGCACCGGCCCUGUCUGCACGUCGUGAGCGCGAGUCCUCUCAGUCGCCGCCGCCCCGCCGUGAGGCGUCGCGCCCCACCGGCCCGGUGCGCGUCGCCUUCGGGCGGCGUGUGAGCGAGCCGCCAAAGGCAGAGACCACCAGGGCCCGCAGCACCAGUCCCAGCCAACCGAAGCGGCGCGCCAAGAAGUCCGCCGCUGGCGGCAAGGCCUCCGAGGCCAAGGCGGGCGGCGGCGCGGGCGGCAGCCCCUCCAGCGCCGCCACCGACGCCGCCAUGGAGCACGUGCUGUCGGCGCUGGCGUCUGUGUUGCUCUCGGACGGCGGCGGCGACGACUCCGAGCCUGAGCGUGAGGACGCGCCGCCGGCUGCCGGCCCGGCAGGGACCGGCCCCCAUGCCGGCGCUGGCGGCGCAGCAGAAGGCGUGGAGCGGCCUGCGGCCGCACCCACGGCCGGGGCGGCGGGCGAUGCUGCUCAUGUCGAUAGCACUGCUGCUGGCGGCGGUGCGGAGGGCAUGCAGCCCGUGGACGCGGCGGCGCCAGAGGCAAGGCUGAAUGCGGGUCUGGGCGGCCACACGACCACUGCAGUCACUGCUACAGCCGUGGGUGGCAAUGGUGGCGCCGAAGGUGGCACGGCGCCUUGGCUACAGCCGGGCACGCAGGCCUGGCCCCUCACCACUGCCACUGCCCGGCCCCGCUUCACCUACGUGGUGGACACGGGGCACGCCCCAGUCACCACCCGCCUGCCCGCGUGGGCUGCGUCCGCCGCCAAGGCCGCGGACGCUGCUUCCGCCUAUGCAGCGGCAGCAAGCGAGGCGCCGGCUGGGCUGGGCUUCGCCACCCCCACACGCUCGCGCCGGCCAGCGGCUGGCGCCGCGGCCGGUGCGCCUGGCACGCCAUUCCUUCCCGGCCUGCCGCUGGGCGCCGGCGGCAUGCCCGGCGCAGCGCCCUCGGCGGCUGCUGGCGCGGCAGCAGCACCAGGCGGCGCCGUCGAAGUGGGCAGUGAGGCAAACCCAAUGGCUGCCAACAAGCUCUCCUACGCCUAUGCCCACCACCAGUUCGGCUACCAGCGGCCUCAGCAGGCCGCCGCGGCCUAUGGCGUGCACAACCCGCUACAGCCGCCAGCGCUCUCGCAGCUACAGCCGCAGGGGCAGCUGCUUGCCUUCCCUGCGCCCUCAGAUCCAGCCACCUUCACGCACAUCCUGCCGCCGCGAGCCGCGGCGGCGGCGCUUGCAUCCGCUGCCGCGGUGUCGGCCCGGCAGGCCAAGGGCCAGACGCCGAGGCAGCAAAAGGCCCCUGUCGACCCGGCCCAACAACUGGAGGAAGCAUUAAUGCAGGCCGUGGAGGACGAGGUGGUGAGCCGCCUGGCGCUGGCACAGCUGGCAACAGCGCCGGUGGACAGCGGCGCCGGUGCACAGCCGCCCGCAGACGACGGAGCAGGCAUGGUGCCGCCCCUGGUGGACGCCGAGUUGACGCGGCAGCUGGUGUGCGACGUGCUGCGCGACAACCUGCGCAGCAUCCUCAGCACGCCGCAGUGGCAACAGGAGGCGGCGCGCGCGCAGCAGCGCGCCGCGGAGCCCCUCUCGCUGGAGGAGGUGGUGGCACAGCUGGCUGCAAUGCCGCUGAUGCCGCCGCCGCGUGGCCCGCCGCAGACUACAGGAAUGGAGGGAGGUGUGGGCCAGCCGCAGGCGGAAGGUGCUCCGGAUGUGGAUGCAGAGGCAGCGGCGGGCGUGGAUGUGGAGCCAACCGGGCUGGAGCAGGCAGGCUAUGCGCAGGUGCCUGCAAGCCACAGCGGGGAGGAGGCGGCGGAGGGCUCUCAGCCGGUAGCUGGGCAUGACGCGGCGGAGUGUGGCGCAACAGCCCCGCUGGACGCCGUGGCCUCGCGCGUCAGCGCUGGGGAAGAUGAGGACGAGGCCGCCUCCUUUGCUGGUGCUGGUGCGGCCUCCUCUGCGGCGCCUCCGCUGCUGGGCUCGCAGGCCUCUCACGCCAGCCUUCAGUCGGGUCCCUCCGCAUCCGCGCUCUCGAUGCAAGGCAGCCAGCACCCGCUCCAGUCCGGCCCGAGCCAGCGCUCCGUGUCCCGUGUCGGCCAUCCGCCCACCGGCCACCCUCCACUUCAUCCCCCGCCGUCGGCGCAGCCCUCCUCGGCCUCGCUUCCUCCGCACCCACACGCGCUGCCGGCACCGCACGCGCUGCCGGGUCAUGCCGCCGCCGCAUCUAGCGCCUCUCCCGCCCCUCCCGCCCCACCUGGCGCCGCUCCCUUGGUGGUGAGCACCGCGCAGCCGUGGGAUCAGCAUCAUGGCCCCGCCGCCGCCGCCGCAGCCGCAGCCGACGACGGCGGCGGCCACCCUGAUGACGCCGGCCUGGCACUGGUGGUGCAGGCUCACGGUGUGCAGGGCCGCGGCACCCAGGCACAUGGCGUGGACGACCGCUGCACGCAGGCACAUGCCGUGCAGGACGUGGGCACGCAGGCGGCGGGCGUCAAGGACAGCGGCUCACAGGCGGACCCGCCGCCGCCGCACUACCUACUGCAGGCCGCGCUGGCGGCAGGCCUGUCCUACGGCACCGGGGCCCUCGCGCCGCCGGGCGUCGGAACCGCGCCGCCCGCGCCCUCGCCCUACGUGGGCCCCGACACGGAGCCGCCGCACGGCCUGCCGCGGCCCUACUACCUUGUGCCCGCCGACGGUUCGCAGAUCCAGCUGCCGCCCACCUACGCCGCAGGGCUGUACGGCCACCUGCCGCUGUUCAACGCAAUGGCGGGGCUAGCAGGUGGCAGUGGCGGGGCGGGAGGUGGCGGGCGGCGGCCGGAGCUGCGCCUGCCGGGGCUGAAGAAGCUGCGGGACUCAUCGGAUGUGGAGUCCAGCAGUGACAGCAUGCAGCGCCACCUGAGGGGCCCCGGCGCGCGCGGUCGCGACCUGCUGGACGACAGCAGCAGCGACGGCGGCGCCAUGCAGCGCAGCUACGCGCAGCUGGAGCUGGCGUCGCUCACCGCGCGCCCCGUGCGCCUGGACCUACACCGCGCCGCCCUGCAGCAGCAGCAGCAGCAGCACGGGCUGUACACCCCCGCCGACGCAAACACCGACUCGGGGGAAUCGCACCUCACGCGCGGUGACCCGGUGGGUCUGUCCAUGUCCGGCGUGGCGCCGGGCCUGAUGCUGCUGUCGGAGAACGGCAUGGGCGCCGGUGCCGCGCGCGGCGGCCGCUGGCCGAGCGACACGGGCAUUGGCUACGGCGGGCCGCACCCGCUGUACCCACAGCGUGUGGGCAGCUACGGGCCUGGCGGCAGCGAGGGCGCCGGGCCGAGGGCGGGACUGGGGUCGGGCGGGCUACCGGGUUCAGGCAUGGGCAGUCGCGUCAUGUCAGGGCAGCUGGGCCUGGGGUCGCUGCCGGGCACGGGCGCGGCGCCAUCGCGGCUCAACAGCCUCGGCGUGGCGUCCGCGGGCGCGGCGGAGGCUGCUGUUCUGGCGGUGGCGGUGGCGGCGGAGGCGGCAGCUGCGGAUGAGGGAGUGGCGGGCCACGGGGCGGGUGGCAGUGCUGCUGGCUCUGUGGCGGGGCAGCGUGUGCCGUACCACUCCGAUAUGGCGGCGUCCGGCAGGUCGGCGCGCUCAGAUGCGCCAUCGCAGGCGUCGCAUGGCGGCCGCGCACACGGGGACCCCAGGGCUGAGGGCGAGCCCACCAGCGGCCGGGGAGGGCGCGCGCCAGCAGCGGCUGGCUCGGUGGCUGGCUCGGUGGCUGGCUCGGUGGCGGGAGAGGAGGUGCGCGGGCUUGCAGGCGGAGCGGUGGUGUCCCGCUCAGGCAGCACGGCACGCAGCGAGCGCCUGCCACCAGUGCUGGCCCGUGCCGGCAGCAGUGUGUCUGCGGCCUCUGCAGCUGGCGCGGGGCCGGCGGCCGGCCGUGCAAGCACUUCUACUGAGGUGAUGCAGGAGGAGGUUGAGGAGAUGGUGGUGGCUGAGGCCAGUGGCGCGGGCAGCGCCACCGCCAGGAGUGCGGCCGGCUCCUCGCCGGCAGGUGACACCCAGGCAGCCGCAGGAGUGCCGCUCCCGCCGCCAGCACGCCCAGCAGCACCCGAAGCGCCGCCAGUGCCCCCAACGCCGCCAGCGGUUGGUGACGAUGAGUACGUGGAGGAUGACUUCGAGGAAGAUGACGACCUGGAUCAGAUCCAAAACGUGGAUUUCGGAUCCGAUGAUGACGAUUUCGGCGCGGAUCUGGAUCUUGAGGGCGCUGAUGCGGAUUCGGAUGCCGACGCCGUGCCGCGGCGGCCGCCCCCACCACCGGCGCCGCUGGCAGCACCGCAGCCACAUCCUGAGGGCGCGGAGGUGGAAACGGUAGCGGCGGCUGAUGCGGGCCAUGGUUCCGCCCAGGCCAACGAGGAGGAGGUGGAGGACGCUGUUGAGGAGCUAGAGGUGCUUCACAGCGAAAGCGGCAGCGAGGAUCCCGCGGCAGCAGAAACCGGUGUCGGCAGGAGCGGCUCGGCUCGCGUCAGCGCUGCAGCCAGUCUCAGCGGCGGCGGCGAAGCCGCCGCCACAACCGCAGGCAGCGCACAGCUCUCGCGAGCCGCCUCCUUGAGUCAAGGCAGCGGCACUGGCGGCGGCCGCGGCCCUGCUACUGCCGCUCCGGCUACUGCCGCCACGGCCCAUGCCGGCGUGCAGGAGGCGGAGGACGCGCUGGAGCUGCUGGACGAGGAGGAGGUGGGGCGGGUGCUGGCGGAGGAGGACGAGCGCGAGCUGGCGGCGCUGGGUGACGACGACGGCGGCAGCGUGCUGGGCGAGCAGGCGGAGGAGGGUGAAGAGGUGGAGGUGGAGGGAGGGGAAGAGGUGUUGACGGCCAGCUCCAUGCGCGACCAGCGGCAGCAGCAGGUGGACGAGGCCGGGGAGGAGAUGCAGAGCGCGCUGCGGGAUCCGGAGCAGCAGGAGCAAGCGGACCUGGGCUCGGCUGUGCAGUCGCGGCAGCCCUCCGCCUCCCAGCCGCGCCCCACCCUGGGCAGCGCCGCCGGCAGCCAGCCCAGCUCAGCGCCGGCCUCAGCGCUGCAGUCCCGCCAGCCAUCCUUUGCCUCCUCCACAGCUGCAGCGGGACGGGGCGCUGGCCUGGGCCCCGCGCCGCCCAGCGGCGCCCUCACCGCCGCCUCCGCCGCAAGCCUGGCUGGCGGCGGCACGGGCGCGGGUGCCGGCGGCGGCGGCGCCGAAGCGGCACUGGGCGACGCCGCGAGCGUGCGUUCCUCUAUGGAGAGAAUGGCCCGUGCGGGCCUGGCACCGCUGGAGCCGCCGUCGCGCUUGGCGUCCAUUGGCGCCGGCAGCAGCGCCGGCGCCGGCAGCUUCACAAGCAGCGUGGCGCUGACGCCGGUGGCGGCGGUGGCGGGUGCGGCGCCCGGGGCGCCGCCGGCGCUUCUGACGGCGGGUGUGGUGGGCGGCGGGCGGCCCGGCUCAACGGCAUCGCUGCAGCGGCCAGCGCUGGCGCCGCUGCAGCCCGUCGCGGCCACGUCGGCCGUCGCGCAUGCACCCGCGUCCCCAGGCAAGCCCCCGGCCCUGUCCGACUACCAGGGUCCUGUGGGCCGCCUGUGGCGCCCCGCCUCUGCUGGCGCCGGCGACGCACCCGACCCACUGCUUUCCAGCAGCUCCGAAACCCUCAUGGCCUCAUCCGAGGCCAGCGGCCCCUCCCCGGACGCCGUGACCCGGGCCCUGGCAGAAGGCGAGCGGCGGGCGGCGACCAUCCGCGCGGGCGGCGCCGGCAGCCUGGCGGCGGCGGUGGCGCGGGCUCAGGCGGCGGUGGCGGGCGGGCAGCUGCCGCCGCUCCCCAGCGAGCUGGGCAGCCUGGAGGUGUCGUCGUCUGUGUCGACGUCGGGUGGUGAUCCUUCUGCGAGCACGGACAGUUUGUCGGGCGUGUCGGGUGUCACGCCGCCGCGGAGCAACCAGCUGGCGGCGGCGCGGGCGAUGCUGGCGCGGCGGCAGCAGGAGCUCAGCGGGGCUGGCGAGGGCACGCAAAGGCGGCGCGGGGGUCCGGCGGUGCUGGAGGCAAUUGGCGAGCUGGACGUCAGCGUUGGUGGCGGUGAAGGAGGAGGCGGCAGGGAUGGAGAGGAGGAGUCAGGCACUGGUUCGGAGGCUUCCUCGCCAGACCAGCCGCGUCAGAGCUUGCCGCAGCAGCCGCAGCAGCAGCCGGCUGGCUCCGCCCUGCCUAGGCCCCUGGCUGGUGGCCGUGGGCUGGCGGCGGCUGGGGCUGCGGCGGCUGGGGCGGGCGCUGGCCGGGGCCGCGAUGGGGCGGUGUUCCGGCUGCGGCAGUACGGCGCGAUGCGGCGGAAGCUCAUGCAGCAGAUCGGCGUUGCCGACCCGCUGCUGAUGUCCAGCGCCACCAGUCUGUCCACUGACGACAGCAACGACAGCGGCUCCAACAGCGACGAUUACCAGUAGUCCGGGGUCAGGGCUGACAGAGCGUGUGGGGGCGAGGCUGAGAGGCGUGGCAUGACGUGACAAGUGAGUGAGUGCGACACGCCUGGAUUGUGGUGUUCGUCGACAGUGACCAGAUUAAGUUUCGGUUUGCGGUGGAGGGGGCGGUUUGGGGGUGAGCGGCUGCUGCCAACCUUAUGGUGCAGCCAAUGCACGGGGUGGUCGAAAGUCCCCUGGUUGGUAAGCAAACACGGUGUGCCCAUGGCCCGCGUGUGGUGAUCUCCAAGUAAGUCGU